CUCCCCUAAGGGGUUGCACCAAUACCUCCUGAUCACCCGUCUACACGCUGGUCGGCUCGAGAUACCGUGUUCAAUAGCACCUUAAUUCCUCACCGCUGCAGCUAAUUCUCUCGGCUCUUGUUUCGCCCCGCGGACCAGCAUCAGCCUCUCCUCGUGUCCUGAACCCCCCCAUAAACCGCGGACCCCACCUAAGCAACUCACCUCCUUUUGAGAGACCCCAUCUCCGACCAGCCAGGGGGGAACCUGCAUAACACAAAUCAGAAUCACAAGAAGAAGAAGAAGACGAACGAAGAAGAAGAACAAGAAACACCAUCAUGUUCUCAUCCCUGACCUCAUCCUCCGCCAUCUCAAACCUAGGCACGCGGCUCACCUCCCUCCGACGAGCCAUCACCCUAGGCGAUGAAGCCGACGAUCCAGAAAACGAAGACUGCUCGCACAUUUCCAACGUGCUGCGCGCCUACUACACGGAGAAAGGACGGCCCUUCCCGAACUGGCUGCCCCCCGAUCCGAAAGCGCCAACACCAGCGCCGGCACGGGUCAUCGCGACGACGCAAGUGCAGGCCGGAGGAGCAGCCGGCGGCGGCAGUGGUCCAGCAGCAUCGGCGUAUGGACGCAGCGGAGGCGGCGGAUUGGGAGACUUGUGGGGAGAUUCGGGUUCAACGACGGCGCCGGCCUCGCAGACGGCCAGUCUGCGUCGAGGUCGGUUGACACCCGGCAGUGGUGGAAACAUGGGGGCGCCUCUAGCCGCCACGGCCAGCGCACCGUCGGGGAUGAUUGCAUCACCGCAUAGUCCGUCACCUGGUGCAGGUGUGCCGACCGGGUCAGCGAGACCGCUGCCUAGCCAGCGAGCCGGGUCGUAUCAGACGAUCUCGGGCCCAGUCACAGGUGGAGGGCUAGAGCGAGCGGCGUCGGCCCAAGAAAGACUGCGAGCUAGAUUACAUGGGGGCCGGUCUCCCAGUCCCGGGCAGAAUCCGGGCAGUUCGAGUGGUAGUCGGCCGGGUUCGCCAUAUGUUGGAGGGGGAGCGGAUCCUAGUGCACGAAAACCGGUAGGCAUGCCGGGAAGACGAUAAUGGUCGGGCAGGAUUUUUUGUUGCUUUUUUAGUUUCGUUUACGUUUAGGCUAAUUUACUUUUUACUCCAUUUACGGAGUACGCCG